AUGGCCAACAGAAUUAUCGAACUACAGAAGCUUUUCCAAAGCUCUACAAAACCAAUCUGGUGGAGACAUCCUAGAUCAGCAUUCUAUCUAUAUCCAUACUAUGGUCUACUAGCUGUUGCCGUUGUAGCACCUUUGCUAUAUAUUCCAAACGCUGUGAGAGGUAUUAAGGCCCCAAAGAACAACUGA